GGCUAAGUGUAUAAGUACACAGCACAGGGGAAGAGAUCAUAGAAAUGGCCGUUGUUUGAAGAAGUCAAACAAGCAACGACGAACCAGAACCUCUCAAGAAGAAGAACAAAAAAAAAAAAAAAAAAAAACUCAACCCAUCAUCUCCAUCUCCGACAUACCACUCAGCUCCUCAUCGACCCCCAUUAUCACCUUCUUUCAUACUCCUACUCUCUUUGCGUUCUUUUUGCCACCCCAUUUCUAAAUCUCCUCUCUCUCUCUCUCUCUCUCUCUCUCUCUCUCUCUCUCCGGAGCAUUUGAAAUUGAUAUUAUUAACAAAUUAACAUGCUUUCCCCUUGCAAUAAAGACGCAUAGCUAACAGCCACCACCACUGCUGCUGCUGCUUCCUCCACCCUUUUCUUUAUUUUCCUUCUCUUCUUGGUUAUGGUUUCAACAGCUUCUUUUAUAUAUUAAUAAUUAGUAAAGAAAAAGCAGGAGAGAUACAUAGGUUCAUAGGAGGUCGUGUUGUGGUUGAGAGAGAGAGAGAAAGAGAGGAGAAUCCCAACGCGGAGCGCUCUGUCUUAAUCUUAACGCAGUUUUCUGCUUUGGAUAUGCCCUCUCCUUCCCUUUUCCAUAUAUCAUUGCAGAAGCAACAACAGGAAACUCUCCUUUUUUACUAUGAGGAUCAAAUAUCAAAGACUCGGUGCAGUUUCUGGAUCUCAGUUGUUUGCAUUGUCGCUUGUUUCUGCUUCUCCUCCUUGUACCCGUUCUCAUGGCUGCCUCUGGGUUGUUUCCUGAAAAUGGUGGAGAUACUGAUUUGAAUGGAAGCAGCAACAGCAAGAAAAAUAGCAACAGCCCAUUGUCAAUCAGCAACAGCAACAGCCAUAGCAGCACGAGCAAAGAAGAACCCGUAAGAGAAGUCCAAGGGAAAGGAAAGAUGGUGAGGAAGAGGAUGGCUUGUGAGAUGAUGGAGGUGCAAACAGCGAAUCAGAACCAGAGCUGUUAUCGCAGGAUUAGCUCUUUUCCAGAAGACAAUACUAUUGGAUUUUGCUCUUCUUCUUUGACUAAUAUUAUUAACCCUAACCAAAACCCGAACCCGAACCCGUACCCACCACUGCUCAACUGCUCCACUAUGACUAUGUUACCUUCUUCCACAAACUUGACCCCUAUGACGUCAGGCGGGCCUGUGUCUGCGUCUUUGUGUGGGUUUCUAUCCUCUACAGGAACACCCAACUUUUCUUCAAAUGAAACCAUUUCAUCAUCACCUCAGCCUCAGGCCCCAGCCGUUUGUGGCUUCUCUGGUCUACCCUUGUUCCCAUCUGAAAGAGAGAAAAACGGAAACGCUGCCGUUCCUCUCGUCAUUACUACCACCAGUGCCACUACUACUGGUGUCGCUUCUGCUACUCCUACUUCUUCCAUGGAAGACCCCUCUGCAACUGCUUGGAUUGAUGGUAUCAUUAAGGACCUUAUACAUAGCUCUACCAACGUUUCCAUUCCUCAGCUUAUUCAGAAUGUUAGGGAGAUCAUCUUCCCUUGCAACCCCAGUCUUGCUUCUCUUCUGGAGUACAGGCUCCGUUGUCUAGCUGAGCCGAUACCCAAUUAUCCGGUGGAUAGGAGGAGGAAGGAAGGACUUCCACCAAGGGACUAUAGUAAUCAAGGGCAAGCCUCUUCUGGGCUCACUCUCAAUCUUGAAAAUGUUUCUAGUUACCCUUCGUUACCAGAUUCUACUGCCGCUGUUGCGCCGGUUCCUCCUGUUGUCAAUCAGUACUCUAGCUGGGGAUCCACACCAUCGAUGGUCUGCCAAGGGAUCAACCAGCAGCUACACCAUCAAGUUCAGCUUCUUCAUGAUCAGCAACAGCAACAACAAGGAAGCCCCUCUUCUACUUCGGUUACACCACCUAUUCUCGCAUUGAAUCAAGGCCACCCACAACAACAGGAACAGGAAAAAUCUUCAUCAGCGGAAACAGAACAAGUAGCAAACACCGGGAUAGCGUCGACGCCUACUUCAGUAGCCGCUGGUGGUGGUGUUACUAGCGCCAGAGAGAAAAAGGAAGAGUUGCGGCAGCAGAAGAGGGAUGAAGAAGGUUUGCAUCUUCUAACCUUACUCCUCCAAUGCGCGGAGGCUGUCUCCGCAGAUAACUUCGAGGAGGCGAACAAGAUGCUGUUGGAGAUCUCGGAGCUGUCCACGCCUUAUGGGACGUCGGCGCAGCGUGUGGCUGCAUAUUUCUCUGAGGCAAUGUCAGCGAGGCUGGUGAAUUCUUGCUUGGGAAUAUACGCCACGCUACCAUCAAUGCCGAUAAGUCAUACCCAGAAGAUGGCCUCAGCAUUUCAGGUAUUUAACGGAAUCAGUCCUUUCGUGAAGUUCUCCCAUUUCACGGCGAAUCAGGCCAUACAAGAAGCGUUCGAAAGGGAGGACAGGGUGCACAUAAUAGAUCUGGACAUCAUGCAAGGGUUACAAUGGCCGGGGCUAUUUCACAUCCUAGCAUCGAGGCCCGGUGGACCUCCUUACGUGCGACUUACAGGGCUGGGAACCUCCAUGGAAGCCCUGGAGGCAACUGGAAAGCGUUUGUCUGAUUUUGCCCAGAAACUGGGCCUCCCUUUUGAGUUCUUUCCGGUGGCCGAAAAAGUUGGAAAUUUAGACCCAGAAAGGCUAAAUGUCAGCAAGAGGGAGGCCGUAGCGGUGCACUGGUUGCAGCACUCCCUCUACGACGUCACUGGUUCCGAUACCAAUACGCUCUGGCUGUUGCAGAGAUUGGCUCCGAAAGUGGUGACAGUGGUAGAACAGGACCUGAGCCAUGCUGGGUCUUUUCUGGGUAGGUUUGUGGAGGCCAUACACUAUUACUCGGCGCUGUUCGACUCUCUGGGAGCGAGCUACGGGGAGGAAAGCGAGGAGAGGCAUGUGGUGGAGCAGCAGUUGCUGUCCAGAGAAAUACGUAAUGUAUUGGCUGUAGGAGGGCCUUCCCGAAGUGGAGAGUUGAAGUUCUAUAACUGGAGAGAGAAGCUACGACAGUCUGGUUUCAAGGGCAUUUCUCUAGCCGGAAAUGCUGCCACUCAGGCCACUCUGCUUCUCGGUAUGUUUCCUUCCGAUGGUUACACCUUAGUGGAGGACAAUGGCGCUCUGAAGCUUGGUUGGAAAGACCUUUGCUUGCUUACAGCUUCAGCUUGGCGGCCGUUUCAUGUUACUGCCACCACCACAAUGGCCGCUGCAGCCACCAGCAUCCAUCAUCAAUACCAUCAUCAGCGGUUUGCCACUGUGUAAAAGCUGUGAAUCAAUUUGCUGAGAAAGUAUGGAUGAUGGAUGGUGGUAUAAGUUGAGAUUUCUUGUGGAUGAUGCCAAAUUGCUUGACUAGUCUCUUCUUUGUGCUUUGAUUAUAUGAUUUGUCACCUUCAUCAUUGGAUCUUGAAUGUGAAAUACUCAGAAAUUUUGAUUUAGCAUGUAAAGUACGAGAAAAUCUUGUUUUUCAAUGUUUCUUGAAGAAAAAAAAAAUUGUGGGUUCAAAUUGAAAUAAUUGUAGGGUCCGGCGAAGAACUGUUGUUGGCAUUGAAGAAGGUUUCUAAAGCAUUGAUUAAAGAAGCUCCAAUUUCCACAAGGUGGGGAAAGAGAAAGAGGAAUGAAUGAGACAAAGAUCUGAAAAAACAUGAGGUUGAGGUACUUAGUUCAGAUACUUGUAGUAAGGAUGAGUGUGUCAUCCAUGUCCUUUUAGAUGAUCACGUGAAUAUUUUCUUUCUUCCUUUUUUCAUCAUCUUCUUCUUCUGCUGCUAUAUCUGUUUUCCUACUUUACCAGCAUGUCGUUAUUACUGUUAUCUUUUCAAAUUCAAUGGGCAAAAGAUUUCAACGGA